CAGUGGGUUGAGCUGGUGAUAAUGUUGAAAGGAAAAGCACUAGAAUGAUGAGCCGUGCUGGCCUGUCAGUGGGAUGUCAUCCUUAAAAUAUGCCCAUUAUAGCUGCUUCUAAUUCAGGCAAUGUUUCCCAGAUGCUUGUUGCGCAAUGUACUCGCGCUGCAGUCGCACAGACACAUUUUGACAUGUUUAUUUCUCUCCAGUAGCUCGGGUGUGACGUCUCAUCUGUUGGCCGCCUCUCAGAUAUGUGCUGUGUGUGCUGGUGAGGUUCAGAGAUCAGAUAUCCGUGCAGCUGAGGAGCGGGGAACGGCGCGCCGAAAACAUGAAAGACGGGAGAGAAAGGUUUCCCGUGGGGAAAGCGUUGCUGGUGGGGAUGUGUGUGCUGCUGCUUCUGGGCUGCGCGGGUUUGGUUCUGCUGUGGGUUCAGCACAAGGAGCUGGCAGGGGAGCUGGUCAGGCUGGAGUCCCAGAUGCAGGAGCUGGCACGGUGCUGCAGGCGGCAAGCAGGACCGCUGCCAGAUGAACUCGGAGAGACUGGAGAGUUGAGGAAACUCCGGCGCAGCAGACGGAACCAGCAGGGAGAGCAGGACAAGAUGAUGCUGGUCGCAUACUCUGUGGUUCCUACCAAAGCCUACAUAGAUCUGUGCAACAGCUCCAGAGGAUUUUGUUUAAUAGGUCCACCUGGACCCCCAGGUGUGCCUGGCCCACCAGGACCGACGGGUGAGCCGGGCCCACACGGCAGACGAGGACGACCAGGUCCUCCUGGUCCCCCCUGUCCUGCUUGUUGUCCACCUGAAGCAAAAAAGAAGAAUCACAGAAAUAAAUCAAAGGAUCGAGUUACAUCACAUCCAGGCAAUGAAAGCAGAGACGCUCUGAAUGUUACUGGACCUGUGAAGCUUCAGGACACAAAACAUGAGGUUAAUGUUCCACUGAACGAUACCAGAACCGAAAAUGUCACACAGACACCAAUUACACCAGUGCUUCUCUCUGCUGACUCCGGUGGAAACACCGAUCCUUCAGCUGGCGGCUCAGAUGUCACUGAUAGCACAACAAGAAGUGAGUUGGUUUCGCCUCGUCCAGAUUAUUCACCUGCACACUGGAUGAACACCAGCUCAGAAAUCAGAACAGAAACGUUAAGACGUUUGACAACAGUGUCACCCACACCGAAUGUUGACCGUGAUGGCACAGACGCCUUGAACGCUACUGACUUUGAGAAACGUCUUCGUGGAAACUUUAAACCUGAAAUACCUGAAAAUAUCCUGAAUGGCUCAGAGUUUAAGGAACAUCUGGACACAAAACAUGACCCUGAGUCAGAGCUGAUUCAUAAAAACGACUGGGACUCUAGAAAUGCUACAGAGGGAGUCAAAUUCAUUAGCGAUGAAGCUGGCGACAAGAACACCUUCAACGCCAGCAGGGUGCAAACGAGCUCCGAAAGCGAACGACCAACACUACGCUCAGAUAACAUCACCAGAGAGACAUUUAAUGUUUCUGAACAUAACAAUCAACAAAAAACAAGCACAUAUCCUGAAUUGUUUGACGAUGGAGACCACACCAGGACUCUCAACGAUUCAGAGGGUAAAAACUUUACAGAUGGGUGGAUCAAUUUAUUACGAGGAGCACUUGGUAAAAUCCUAAACAGGGAUGCCUUCAACGACAACAAGAUCAACACUGAAACAAGAUUUAAAAGUGAUCCACCAAUGCGAGAAGCAGCUGAUGUCACCAGAGACGCUAAUGAUGGUUCUGAACUUUACAACCAACUCAAUACGCAGGGUGAACCCGGACCAGAGCCGUUUCAUGAAGGUGUCGGCAACGGGACUUUAAAUGAUUCAGAGGCAACAAAUGCUACAGAAGGAUGGGGCGACAUGCUAAGCGAUCCACUUGGUACAGACCAGAACAAAGACACUCUGAGUGACAGAAGAGACACUAAAACCAGCGUUAAAAGUGUACAACCAACACGAGACUCGCCUAAUGUCACCACAGAUGGUUUUAUUGUUUCUGGCUCUUCUGAACAUCCAGAUGAAAAGAUACAACCUGAGCCAAAGCCGACUGAUGAAGGUGAAACUGCAGAGAAUCCAGAGAGACCAAUAAAAUUAUUACACGGUCCAGUUGAUGCCUUCAAUGACAGCAGUGGAAGCGUCGUCACUGAAACAAGCAUAAAAAAAACAUCAACAGGACAUUCAGCUAACAACACCAAAGGCACCUUAGAUAUUUCUGAGUUUUACAAUCCUCCAAAUAAAAGACUGGAAUCGGAUCAAGUUUCAUUUGAAGAUGACAACAAUGGGACUCUGAAUGAUUUGGAUGGUGGAAAUGCAACAUUUGUGCCAUUAAAACUAUUUCCAGGAUCGAGUGAAACCAACCGAAGCAGCAAAACCUUCACUUCCGACACAGUCACGAAUGAAACCAGAGUAAAAAACGUUUCACCUUCUGCUGAUGAAAGUCAGAGAAGAAACUCUUUGAACGGCAGCAGAAACUUUGUAGACAAACCGAUGAAAAAUGAGUCUUCCCAACGCGUCCCAACCGACAAGAAGAGCAAUGGAGCUGGUAAUGAAAAAAUGACAAAAACAGGUUGCAACAUUAAAGUCAUCAAAUGUUCAGAUAAGUCCACUAACAUGCAAUCCACCUUCGGAGCCUGGAUGUCGGAUGCAUUCCGGCCUGAUGAUCGGAUCUGGGUGGCAGAACAUUUUUCAGGUCGUGAACUGAAGCAGAUCAAGAACAUUUCAACGCUUUCGGACACCAAACACAAAGGUCUAGAUAUUAAGAAGUACUACCAAGGCUGCGGUCAUGUUGUUUAUAAGGAAUCAUUUUACUUUCACAAUGGAGGAACAUAUAAUCUUUCGAAGUUUGCCUUGAACACAAAGAAUACAAGCUCCCUGCAAAUGCCAAACAGCAGAUAUAAAGGCCUGACAUAUCUUUUCCACAACUCAAAGACUUAUUUCAAGUUUGCCGUGGAUGAAAAUGGACUGUGGGUCAUCUUUGCCUCUUCCAUAGACAAUAACAUUGUGGUGGCGAAACUCGACCCAGACGCUUUCUCUGUGCUGUCUAUAAUCAACACUGGCUAUCCUUCAGCCAAAGCAGGAAAUGCCUUCAUUGUGUGCGGGGUGGUGUAUUUUACCGAUAACAGCGACAAGCGUGUGACAUAUGCCUUUGAUUUGACGACACAGAGUCAUCUGGAUGCAAGUUUUGAUUUAAGGGCAGGAGACGGUACCUUAGCUAUGCUGUCCUAUUAUCCCAGCAAAAGACUGUUGUACAUGUGGGACAACAAAAGUGCGAGAACGUGUAGGAUUAAAUUCAAGAACACCUGAAAAAGUCUUACAAGUUCCCUGUUUUUGUAAAAGUGCUUUAAAAAACAAAAUCUAUAUAUUUUUUCUGUCUUGCAAUAAAUAUGACUGUUGACAUAUUGA